GGUUACAGUUGACUGGGUUUUGCAUGAUUGGAAUAAAUGACCUGUUUUUGCAGGUCUAUAUAAGAGGUGUCUCAUUUGAUUUUCUUAUCAUGCACAUCGAAAAAGAGUCCAGGAAAGAUAAGAAAGAAGAAGAGACACACGAGAGCAUACUUUGAGCAGUGAAUAAGGCUACAGGCCGUCACCUUGUCUUUUGAAGCAGAAUCUCUCAGAGAAAAAUCCGUAAGAAUGCCUUGGUUCCUCGUAAUUCUGUUUCUCAGUCUCACAUUUGGUAAUGUCUCAGAGGCCACGAAGCAUCCUUCUGCUGCCGUUGUGGUUGGCACUGUCUACUGUGACACAUGUUUUCAACGGGAUUUCCCCAUGAGCAGCCACUUCAUUUCAGGGGCAUCAGUUGCUGUGGAAUGCAAAGACGGGAAUUCAAAACCAAAAUUCAGGAAAGAAGCAAAGACAGACGAACAAGGGGAGUUUAAAGUGCAGCUUCCUUUCUCAGUGAGCAAACACGUGAAGAGAAUCAAGGGAUGCACUGUGAAACUGGUAAGUAGCAGUGAGCCAUAUUGUGCAGUGGCUUCAGCAGCAACGUCUUCUUCGCUUCGUCUCAAAUCGAGGAAGCAAGGAGAGCACGUAUUCUCUGCUGGGUUUUUCUCUUUCAAGCCUCUUAAACAGCCAAACCUCUGCAACCAGAAACCAAGAAUUGAGAAUUCCAAGCAAGUUGGUUCCUUGAAAACUGCGUUUUCUCCAAACGUAGAUUCAACAUUUCCGCCACCCAUUCAGGACCCACCGACAAGGGAUGGUUUUCUUCCUCCUCUUCCUCAAUUACCAGAGAUUCCUCCUCUGCCACCCCUUCCGAAAAUGCAAUGGCCAUUUCCAGUCCCAGGAAGAAGAGUGAAAAACUCAAUCAAACCUCAGUUUUCAGAUAGGAAAGUAGCUCGACCUGACACGUUCCCCUUGCCGUCUUACCCAAUUCCAUUACCGCCAGGUAUCCCCAACCCCCGCCUUGGUCCUUUUCAGCCACCUCCUCUGAUUCCGAGUCCACCAGGCACACCGCCAUUGAACCCUAAUCCCCCACCAGGACCGGGUCUAACUCCAUCUCCACAGACGGGUCUUCCUCCUUUCCCAUUCUGGCCUCCACCUGGUGCACCCCCCGCUGCUUCUUCAAAGAAUUCUGCUCCUUGAUAAGAUGGAAUC